AUGAUGGUGCCAAGCAGCUUUGCUCACUUGACCCUCAACGUUCCUACAGUUCCAACAACGUUCGACGGUGAUGUUAGAUCGUUUCUAAGUCCUGACACGGUGUCCGAACGUGAACUUCUCGCUGGCACCUCACCAGCUCAACACACCAGCAUGCCCACCGCAUUAACUUACCCCACAAAAGGCAAAGAGUUACUUCCACACCUUUUCAAUGAACUCGCCAGAGAGGUUUGCGGUAGCCCCGUUCGAGGCAAGCCACUAUUUUCCGAGAUACAUCUAGACCACCCAACUAAAGCGGCUGAGCAUUGCGACAAGCUUCUCCAUCUCGUCCAACGCAGUCGAGACUUCGCACAGUCGAUUAAAACUGUCUACAUCACGGAGCAUCUCACAACGGACGAUGGAGCAUCUUGUAGCUGGUUGACGACAGAGAAUUCCCUUCCCCAACUUCUGUCGUUGCUAGAAUCUUUAUCCGCCCUAUCUAUCUCAUGCUCGAGUGGCUACUUGGAAUGGAGGACACUUUCAACAGAACUCUCGACGUCCUUUAGUUCCUUAUUCACAAAAGUCACGUCUUUGCAGCUUAGGAGCGUUGAAGGUGUUCCCAUCGCACCAAUGUUGUUCUCUCGACUCGAGCACUUAGAUUUUGACGAUGUCACUCCCGGCGAGAUGCAUCCCCUCGACCUGACGUUCUUCGACCAGUCACACGAAAGCGAGAAGAACAAUCUCAGCUCCCUCUCUGUGAUCAACUCCCUCUCGGCGAUGAAAGAACUUUUCGAUUGUCUUUCACACCCGAAUGCGCGACUCGACUUAUCAUUGCUGCAUUCUCUUGAAAUUGGAUUCUGUAAAGAGGAAGAGAUGGCGGGGGCGUGCCUCGCAUUAUCAGCUGUUUCGCAGUCAGUCAGACAUCUAGGUAUCAAGCACGUAUUGCCGACAGCCUUCGAUUCCAGAGAGUUUCCUUUGAAAUCUCUCAAUCUCCACCAAUUCCCCCAUCUCUUGUCGCUAUCGCACUCCAUCGACUAUCUCUACAUCACGUACCCGUCAGAAAAUGAUCACGACCCCCUCACUUCUUUACUCAAUCAGCUGCGUCAAAUCUCGAACGAGAGUGAGAUUCAAAGCUUCAAUCUCGAUCUCAAUCUUACGGGUAUCACUGCCGAUACCGACUCUAUAACCUCCGACGUCGAAGUGGAGGAAAUUGACACGGCUCUAUCAAAAUUGUGUCACAACGAAAUAUGGGGUCACCUGGGGCAGACUUUAGCGAGAUUUCCUGCGUUGGAGCAGGUCUCCAUUUUGGUUGAGAUGAGGGACGCAUGUGCGGGGAUGUAUGCGAAGUUUUGUCUGGGGCUUCAAGACAGCUUAUACGACCUUUCGGGAAGUGGAAUUAGGGUUAUGUUCACUAUAGCGUAA